AUGCUGUUUGUGGCACAGUGCUUGAUCUUGGUGCCUGCCAAAAUCGCAACCUCAAGCACACACUUUUCGGGGUUCCCACAAGAGAAUCCCGAUAUUAUUACCGCAACAACGAAACGCCCCUUGUACAUAUAUGCCACCACCACCGGCAAAAAUUGGUUGCUUAACCCUCCUUCAACUCCCUCACCGGAGAAAAAAAAGCAGCCUACGCCCAAAAAAACGACAAGACACUUUUUUAAUAAUCUAUUACCUUGCUAG